AAGUGAAAUCGUUGGACGUCCUCUUGCUGCUUUAUUGGCCAAUGACGGUGGAAAAGUUUAUUCUAUUGAUAUUAAUGGUGUUCAAGAAUUUAAUCGUGGUACUGGAUUAAGACUUAAAAAGCAUGAGGUUAUCGAGACGAAUUUCAAACUUGAAGAUGUGAUUCCAAUAUCCGAUGUUGUAAUAACAGGUGUUCCAUCACAAACAUACAAAAUUCCAACAUCCUUAUUACGAGACGGAGUAAUUGCAAUAAAUUUUUCAGCAUACAAAAAUUUUGAGGAUAAUGUUAAAGAAAAAGCCAGCAUUUAUGUUCCAACG